AUGGACCCGCUGUGCCCGCCGGAGCCGCUAAUGAUUGUCGAUAUGCCGUUUGGCUCGUGCGCCGUGUCGCUCGAAGAUGCGACGCGCAAUGUCUUGCAGGUUGUUCGCGCAACCGGCACGCAGGCCGUCAAAAUCGAGGGGUCCCAGGAGAUUAUACCGCUCGUCAAGAGACUCUCCACGAUUGGUGUGAGCGUCAUGGUUCAUAUUGGGCUGCAGCCGCAACGGUUCGGCGACAAUGCCUCGCUGCGUGUCCAGGGCUCGCAUGCGGAAAGUGCAUACGCAGUGUACGAAACUGCCCAUGCACUCCAAGAGGCGGGCAGCUUUGCGCUUCUCCUGGAGUGCAUUCCCUCGAAACUCGGCGAGGCGAUUAGCACGAGUCUGCGCAUCCCGACGAUUGGGAUCGGCGCAGGCCCAUUUACCUCGGGCCAGGUUCUCGUGGGAAGCGACAUUGUUGCCGACCUCGAGAGUCCUGCGCACGUCUCGGCGGUGCUGCGUGCAAGCGCGCCGCAAAGCGCCUCGGUGCCAGAGUCAGACGAGUGGCCGGCGCCGCCCAAGUUUGUGCGCUCGUUUGCGCCUACGAGCCUCGGUGCGCUGCGCGUCCACGCCUUUCGUCAAUUCGCAGACGCAGUGCGCAACGGCAGCUUCCCGGACAAUGCUACCGAAUCCUACCGCAUCAAGAGCGACGAAUGGGCCAAGUUUCAGGAACGCAUCCGUAGUUUCGCAUAA